GCCUUCUAAAUACCCAUACAGGUUCUUAAACUAGCGGGACUCCCCCUUUGCUUUUCCUGGUCAAAGUGAAAUGGAAGGAAAUCCAAGGUGUUUUUUCAAGAUCAUGAUGCCUGGUUUCCAGGGAAAAUUGAAUUUGCCGCCAGCUUUCUGUAAGAAGGUAAGGGAAGAGAGAUCAGAUUGGGCCAUUGUAACAAGUCGUAAAGGAAUGUGGAAGAUGAAUGUGUGCAGAAACCCUGAAGGUCUGAUAAGUUUCGUGAAUGGAUGGCCUGAAUUUGUGAGUGAUCAUGGGCUGAGUGUUGGAGACUUUGUUGUGUUCGAACACACUGGUGACUUGCAUUUCAAUGCUGUGGUUUUUGACGUGAGUGCCUGCAACAAAGAGUUUGUUGUGGAGUUCAAGAAAGAGGAUCCUGGUCGACAAGUUCAUUCCAAGUACCAUUCAAGAAACACCAAGAAAGAGGCUCCUGGUCGACAAGUUCAUUCCAAGUACCAUUCAAGAAACACCAAGAGGAAACCAGAUAAGGAAUCGGUUAUCAGCAAAAACCCAUAUUUCGUCCUGACACUAAAACCUUCUCAUCUUCAGAAAUCUGGAAAAGUUACUAUCCCAGCAAAUUUUUCGAGGUCAAAUAAUCUCAAUGGCUUCUCGAGUGUAAUUUUAACAGAUCCUAAUAGAAGAGAAUGGCCAAUCAAACUCUCAUUCCAGAGAACUGGUCAGUUCCGGGCCAGAAUGGCCACAGGUUGGGUUAGUUUUUAUGCAUCAAAUAAGCUCCAAGAGGGAGAUGUUUGCGUUUUUGAAGUCAAUCGUAGUUCGCAGUGUAAUAAGAGUAUUAUGAUGGAUGUAAAGAUUUUUCGGGCUCCCCUCGUCCAUGGCAUAGAUUCUCUCAACUCUUAAUUGUUAUUCUUGCAUGAAUUCAGUUAGGAGUCAACUUUUGAAUCUUAUAUGUAGAAAGA